ACGGAAAAAAAAAAAGUUGUCACAUUGUAUAAUAGAUUCAGAAAAAUGUCAUAAACCUAAACUAUUUUGUUCUUAUGAUAAAAUCCAAUUAAUUCCCCAUAGAUUCAGAUUAGCCCAUUUGGAGCCUUUAGUUGGCUGUUGUUGUUGCCAACAACAGUUUCUUCGUCAUCACUUUUGAGAUAAAAAAGCUUUAAAGCUUUUUUUGGAUUUUGAUUUGAUGAUGGAAGGAAGAAGAAUCAUAGCAAACCCUAGACCUUGCGGCGUUAGAAGAGUUGUCGCCAAGAAGAGGUCUCGUCCCGAUGGAUUCGUCAACAGCGUUAAAAAGCUUCAACGCCGUGAAAUCUCGUCUCGUAUGGAUCGAGCUUUCUCAAUCAGCACCGCUCAAGAGAGAUUCCGCAACAUGCGUCUCGUGGAGCAAUAUGAUACGCACGACCCUAAAGGGUACUGUUUAGUUUCAUUACCUAACUUGUUGAAACGAAGCAAAGUUAUUGAGAUUGUUGCUGCUCGUGACAUUGUCUUUACUCUUACUCAAUCUGGUGUCUGUGCUUCUUUUAGCAGAGAUACGAAUAAAAGGGUUUGCUUUUUAAAUGUUAGUCCUGAUGAAGUCAUCCGGAGUUUGUUCUACAAUAAGAACAAUGAUUCUCUCAUUACUGUUUCUGUUUACGCCUCUGACAAUUACAGCUCUUUGAAAUGCAGAUCCACUAGAAUCGAAUAUAUUCUGAGGGGUCAAGCAGACGCAGGAUUUGCUCUUUUUGAAUCUGAGUCACUAAAGUGGCCAGGUUUUGUUGAGUUUGAUGAUGUUAAUGGGAAGGUGCUGACAUAUUCUGCACAGGAUAGUGUUUACAAGGUGUUUGAUCUGAAAAACUAUGCAUUGCUGUAUUCCAUAUCGGACAAAAAUGUACAGGAGAUUAAGAUCAGUCCAGGGAUAAUGCUGUUGAUUUUCAAGAGAGCUGCGAGUCAUGUUCCUUUGAAGAUUCUGUCAAUUGAAGAUGGCACGGUUCUCAAAUCCUUCAAUCAUUUGCUUCACCGAAACAAGAAAGUUGAUUUCAUUGAACAAUUCAAUGAAAAGCUUCUCGUUAAGCAAGAGAACGAGAAUCUCCAAAUACUUGACGUUCGAAAUGCUGAGCUGAUAGAAGUGAGCAGAACUGAGUUCAUGACACCAUCAGCAUUCAUAUUUUUGUAUGAGAACCAGUUGUUUCUAACAUUCCGGAACCGUAAUGUCUCUGUGUGGAAUUUUCGCGGUGAGCUUGUGACAUCGUUUGAGGAUCAUCUUCUUUGGCAUCCAGACUGUAACACAAACAAUAUCUACAUAACAAGCGAUCAGGAUCUGAUCAUCUCAUAUUGCAAGGCAGAUACUGAAGAACAGUGGAUAGAAGGAAAUGCGGGGUCAAUUAACAUAAGCAAUAUCUUGACUGGUAAAUGCUUAGCUAAGAUAAAAGCAAAUAAUGGCCCUCCUAAGGAAGAAGACAGCAGCAGUAGUGAUUUGGGGAACUCCAUGCAAAGGAGAAGUGUGGUUGCUGAGGCUUUGGAAGACAUAACCGCUCUCUUCUACGACGAAGAACGGAACGAAAUAUACACAGGAAACAGACACGGCCUUCUCCAUGUCUGGUCUAACUGAAGCUACCCGGCAUUUGUUUCUUUACAUUAAGCAGCUUUGAGGUUUCUGUAUCUUGUUCUGUUUUUCAACUGUGUAAUAUGAUCUGUAAUUUACUGUGUUUGAGCAGCAGAAUUGUGGUUGUAAUGAAGCAGCAAAUAUUUGGGGGGGAAUUUGGCUCCCCAUUUAUGUGCACUAGUAUGAUCAUUUGUCUACUUAGAAUAUUAAAUUUAAGAGAUUGGUUUACAAA